AUGCCUGUAGCUUUAUCUACAGUGUCAUCAAUAAUUAACACACAUGAAGUAUUAUUAGGAACGGCUUUAGGUAACAUACGUGAUCAGUAUGGUAUAGCACAUCAAGUUCGCAUCCUUAUUGAUUCAGUGUCACAAAUAAGCGCUAUGACAGCAGCAUGUGCCAAGCGGUUAGGUCUGCAUGUGGCUAAGUGGACAGCUCCUGUUAAUGGAUUGGCUGGAGUAUCGGUUCCACAAGUACAAGGUAUUUUGAAGUGUGAUGUCACUCCUAGGCACUCAGAUGAUCCAUCUAUUCCAGUGCAAGCCUUGAUUUUACCAUCUAUUACCUGUGAUAUUCCUAGAUGUCCCAUACCUGUUGACAUAAAGAAACGUGUUGAACAUCUUGCCUUAGCUGAUCCAACUUUUGAUGUUAGUUCCAGUAUAGAUGUUUUAUUAGGUGCUGAUGUGUAUCCGCUUGUCUUGGAUGGUAAGCAAGUAUCUUUGGGCAGUUUUUUACCUGCAGCUUUUAGUUCCAUUUUUGGAUGGGUGAUAAUUGGAUCUGUUGGUGUAGCAAGUAAUUUGAAUGCACCGCAAGUUUGUGUGGCUUCUUUGUCAGUGUCAUUGGAAGAAUUGGUCUCUCGAUUUUGGGAGGUUGAAGAACCUGAAACCUGUGGUCCUCCUGUGACUGAAGACGAUAACUGUGAGGCCAUUAUUCAGAAAAAUAUGAACAUUGACGAUUGUGGGCGUUAUUGUGUUCCUUUGCCUUUUCGUCAUUCUAAUUCCAAGUCUCUGUUGAAAGGUUCUCGCAAAAUGGCAUUGAAACGUUUUGAAAAUUUAGAGAAACGUUUGUGUUCAAAUGAAACGUUAGCUGAAGCUUAUCGGUCCUUUAUGCGUGAGUAUGAAUCGCUUGGUCACAUGCAUGAGACUUCUAAAGUUGGUGACUACUAUAUACCACAUCACGCGGUUGUCAAACCCGGACUGGACGGUCAGGAUAUAAGGCUAAGAGUUGUUUUUGAUGCGUCAGCACGUGCACCAAGUGGAUAUUCACUUAAUGAUUGCUUAUUUCCAGGUCCUAAGUUACAAUCUGAUAUUGUCAAUGUGUUGGCUCUAUUCCGAACCUAUAAGUAUGUGUUUUCAUCCGAUAUCUGUAAAAUGUAUCGUCAGAUUAAUGUGUUGCCUGAGCAUCAAAGUUUCCAACAUAUCCUGUGGCGUGAUUCACCAGAAUGUGAUCUUAAAGAAUUUGAAUUAUCAACAGUAACUUAUGGUGUGACAAGUGCCCCUUAUUUGGCCAUUCGUGUGCUCCACGAAGUUGCCAAUAAGGCUAUUGAAUUUCCUGCUGUUCAGCUUGCUCUCCGUGCUCAUACAUAUGUUGAUGACAUAUGCUCUGGAGCGGAUAGUUUAGAAGAGGUACUCAACCUGCAGCGAGAUCUCACCGCGGUUUUGGGUCAAGUUGGGUUUGAGUUGAAGAAAUGGGCGACUAAUUGUUCAGUUUUAAGUAACCAGAUUCCUAAAGAAGAUAGAACUCUCGGAGCCACCGAGUUUGCAGAAGAGGUUCCUGGACUGUUGAAUAUCCUUGGAAUGGUAUGGAAUCCGGUAAAAGAUGAAUUUUCUUAUAUUACCAAACUGUCUGAAAAUAUCAUGACAAAACGUGGAGUGCUUUCGUCAGUCGCUCGACUAUUUGACCCGUUGGGUUUUCUCGCCCCCAGUAUUUUGUUGGCGAAAUCAAUUAUGCAGCUGUUGUGGAAGGAGAAAUGUGGCUGGGACGAUGCUUUACCAGCGGAGAUUCAACGUCAAUGGUUAUCCUUUGUCAGUCAAUUACCGUCUUUUUCAGAUGUCAAAAUUCCUCGUUCAAUUAUUGCACCACCUAAUGCCCGUGUCCAACUACUUGGUUUUAGUGAUGCGUCAUUGAAAGGUUAUGCGGCUCUUGCCUACCUACGUGUGGUGGACGAUGAUAGUAUUGUGCAUGUAUAUUUUCUUGGAGGUAAGACGAAAUUAGCUCCUAUAAAGUCUAUGUCAGUCCCACGGCUUGAGUUAUGUGCAGCUGCAUUAUUGGCUCGUUGGCUGGCUAGAUGGAAGACAAUUUUGAGUGAUCGGUUUGUAAUCAAGGAAAUAUUUGCUUGGACUGAUUCUACUAUAGUUCUCUCUUGGUUAACAACGCCUCAAGUUAAAUUUAAAAUUUUUGUCACAAACCGAAUUGGACAAGUCCGGUCCUUAGUACCUGAAUGUAUUUGGUUAUAUGUGCCGACUCAGAUGAACCCAGCAGAUUGUGCAUCCCGUGGAAUGUUGCCCUCUGAGUUAGUAUUUUGUUCUUUGUAUUGGCAGGGUCCCGAGUUUUUAAGAUGUCCGUCAGCUCAAUGGGAAUGUACUUUUCCUUGUAUUAAUGUUGCAGAAUUACCAGAAGUAGUUCAGAGUACCACUGUGGUGUUAGUUGCACAAUCAGAAGAGGAGUGGUUAGUUCAGUGGUCAUCUUAUACUCAAUCUAUUCGUAGGAUGGCUUGGAUUUUGCGAUUUUACAAACGUUUCAAUGGUCAUCAUUAUUCAUCGGCGAUCUUGAGUCAAAAGGAAUUAGAAGAGGCACUCAUGGCAUUGGUUAAAGUUUCUCAAAGAUACUAUUUUGCUCAGUUAAUCCAAGAAUUGCACAAUCAAUUGUCAAUCAUAAACCGUUAUUUAUCUAAAUUAGCACCUUUUUUAGACGAGUCUGGAGUUAUACGAGUUGGAGGUC